AUGAGUUUAAAAAUUCAUAUUGACCGCGGUGGCACGUUCACGGAUGUAAUUGCGACUGUAACAGACGAUUCGCGGGAACCAAUUGUUACUAAAUUACUCUCUGAAGACCCCAAUAAUUAUAAUGAUGCUUCCAUCGAAGCUGUGAGACGUGUUUUGGAAAUUUAUCACGGUAAACGUAUUCCUAGGAAUGAAAAGUUAGACACUAGUUGCAUUAGUCACCUUCGCUGUGGUACUACGGUUGCUACGAAUGCUUUGCUGGAACGUAAAGGAGAACGAUGUGCCUUCAUCACUACUAAAGGUUUUAAGGAUGGUCUUGUUAUUGGUAAUCAGUCUCGCCCCAAUAUUUUUGAUUUGGCUAUUCGUAGACCGGAGGUCUUAUAUUCAAAGGUUGUUGAAAUUGAUGAACGAGUUACUUUAGAAGAUUUCGUGGAAGACCCGACUGGCUACAAAACAAAAGUCGAUGGUACAGAUCCAACUCUGGUGCUUGGCCGGUCUGGAGAAGCCGUCCGUAUUUUGAAGAAGCUUGAUGAAGACUCAGUAAGGAAAGAUUUGCAGAAAUUAAGAGACGAAGGGUUCACCAGCAUUGCCGUUUGUUUGGCACAUAGUUUCACUUAUCCCGACCAUGAGAUUACUGUAGGCAAACUAGCGAAAGAAUAUGGUUUUUCUAAUAUAAGCUUGUCUGGAGAACUCAUGCCUAUGAUUAAAUAUGUUCCUCGAGCUACGUCUGCAACUGCAGAUGCAUACCUGUCACCAGUAGUCCGUCGUUACUUAUCGGGGUUUCAAUCAGGUUUCUUGCACGGGCUUAAAACUCAGAACCACCAAAAAGGUGUUCGUUGUGAGUUUAUGCAAAGCGAUGGUGGUCUCGCCGAUGUAAACAAAUUUUCCGGUCUUCGAGCUAUAUUAUCCGGCCCCGCUGGCGGUGUCGUCGGAUUUGCUCUUACUUCAUAUGAUGAGGACACAACCAUCCCAGUCAUCGGAUUUGAUAUGGGUGGUACUUCUACUGAUGUAUCUCGUUACGGUGGUGCAUAUGAACAUGUCUUUGAAACCACUACGGCCGGCGUUACUAUUCAAUCUCCUCAAUUAGAUAUUAACACAGUUGCUGCCGGUGGUGGCUCUAGAUUGUUUUGGAAAAACGGAUUAUUUGUAGUCGGUCCAGAGAGUGCUGGCGCACAUCCUGGUCCUGUUUGCUAUAGAAAGGGUGGCUAUCUGACUGUAACAGACGCUAACUUACUUUUAGGAAGGCUCCUUCCAGAAUACUUCCCCAAAAUUUUUGGUCCUACUGAAGAUCAACCUCUUGAUGUCGAGGCUACUCGUACAAAAUUUGAAGAAUUAACUGAAGAAAUUAAUUCUAACAUCUCAGAAUCUCAAAGAAUGAGCGCUGAUGAAGUUGCCUAUGGAUUUAUCAAAAUUGCAAACGAAACGAUGGCUCGUCCUAUCCGUGCACUAACUGAAGCCAAAGGACAUGAUAUUUCAAUUCACCGCUUGACAUCCUUUGGCGGCGCUGGUGGCCAGCAUUGUGUUGCUAUUGCUCAGUCCUUAGGUAUUUCUCAAGUCCUUGUACAUAAAUACAGUUCCAUUCUCUCAGCAUAUGGAAUGGCUUUGGCUGACGUUGUCUCUGAGGCUCAAGAACCAGCUUCCUUUUCUCUGACUUCUCUCAUAAUUCCGGAAAUUCAGGAGCGUUUUGGACGAAUUAUGGAAAGCGCACAGAAAAGUCUGAAUGAGCAAGGAUUUUCUAAUGAGCAUAUCUCCUAUGAACUCUUCUUGAAUCUUCGUUACCAAGGAACAGAUAGUCCAUUAAUGAUAAGCAAGCCUACUGAAUCUUGGGAUUUUAAACAAGCUUUUCUAGAAAGACACCAGCAAGAGUUUGGAUUUCUAUUUGAUAAAGAUAUCAUCAUUGAUGAUAUUCGUGUUCGAGCUUCUGGUAAAAGCUUUGAGCAUAAGGAACCCAGUGUUGAUGCUCAACUAAAAGAUAUGAAAUUCACCAAAGUUACAGGAUCCGUGUCAUCUGGUACUAAAAAGGUGUUCUUUGAUGGAAAGCGUAUGGAUUGCCCUAUCUUCUUACUGGGAAACUUGCCAAGUGGUGUCAAAACUGCAGGACCAUCGAUUAUCGUAGACAAGACGCAGACUAUUGUGAUUCCUCCAGGAUCCCUUGCUCGCAUCCUUAAUUCUCAUGUAGUAAUAGAUAUUGUAUCGAAAGGAUCUGUUUCUGAUGAUUCACUCGCUAAGACGGAAGCCAUCGACCCUGUUUAUCUUUCCGUAUUAGGUUCCCGCUUCAUGGCUGUCGCUGAACAAAUGGGUCGUGCUCUUCAAAAGACGAGUGUUUCGACAAACGUGAAAGAAAGACUUGACUACUCUUGUGCUUUGUUUGAUGCUAACGGAGAUUUAGUUGCAAAUGCACCACAUAUGCCAGUCCAUUUGGGAUCCAUGUCCACUUGUGUCCGUAAGCAAGCAAUGGUAAACAAAGGAUUAUUAAAUCCUGGUGAUGUCUUGGUCACUAAUCAUCCCAGCUUUGGUGGCACUCAUUUACCAGAUAUUACUACUAUAACCCCUUAUUUUGAGGAUGGAGAAAUUAUUUUCUAUGUUGCUUCUCGGGCUCAUCAUGCCGACAUUGGUGGUAUUUUGCCUGGUAGUAUGCCUUCUACAAGUAAGGAACUUUCAGAAGAAGGCGCUAGUAUUAAGAGCGAAAAAUUGGUUAUCAAUGGCAUUUUCCAAGAAGAAAAAAUGAUUGAAUUGCUUUACCAUGAGCCUGGAAAGGUGGAAGGUGGAUCUGGUACACGUUGCCUACGCGAUAAUUUGAAUGAUUUGAAAGCCCAAGUAGCUUCGAAUCAGAAAGGAAUUAAUCUCAUCACCAAUCUAAUUAAAGAGUAUGGUAAAAAUUCUGUCUUACGUUACAUGAAGGCCAUUCAAAAUAAUGCCGAAAGUUCUGUACGUAAGCUUUUAAUUGGCGUACGGAAAACAUUCGGACAGGACCUUCAUGCUGAAGACUUUAUGGAUGAUGGUUCUCGAAUUUCUUUACGGAUUACGAUAGACGGUAAAACAGGAGAUGCUACCUUCGAUUUUGAUGGCACAACUGAAGAGGUUUACGGAAAUACAAAUGCUCCUGAGGCAGUUACUUAUAGUGCUAUCAUAUAUUGUUUACGAGUAUUAGUAUCUGAAAAUAUUCCCUUGAACCAAGGUUGCUUGUUACCUAUUAAGGUACGAAUUCCUGACGAUUGUUUCCUUAAGCCUUCUGAAACGGCAGCCGUUGUCGGUGGUAAUGUCCUUACCUCUCAACGGAUUACAGAUACAAUAUUGAAGGCUUUCCAGGCUUGUGCCGCUAGCCAAGGAGAUACAAAUAACUUGACAUUCGGCAUGGGCGGUAGAAAUCAUGAGACUGGAGAAAUUACUCCAGGAUUUGGAUACUAUGAAACUAUUUGUGGUGGCUCUGGUGCAUGUGACGGAAUGGAUGGUACUUCCGGUGUUCACACCCAUAUGACCAAUACUAGAAUUACUGAUCUGGAAGUCUUUGAGCGCAGGUAUCCUGUUAUCCUUAAAAACUUUAACAUCCGCAAAAAUUCUGGAGGUGCAGGAAAAUACAGAGGAGGUGACGGUGUCAUUCGCGAUAUUGAGUUCCGCAUUCCAGUUACAUUGUCAAUCUUGUCUGAGCGACGCGCAUAUCAUCCUUAUGGUAUGAAAGGAGGUGAAGAUGCGAAAUGCGGAAAGAAUAUAUGGGUCAAAUGUUCGACGGAUGAAGAAGGAAAUUACAAAGUACGAAGAAUCAACUUGGGCGGAAGGAACACGUGCCACAUAGCCGCUGGAGAUCACAUUGAAAUCCAUACACCUGGCGGUGGAGGAUAUGGCCCAGCGAGAGACAGGAUUGAAAAUACGGAACUGGCAAAAGUUGUGGAUACUUCUGCUUUUCGGGCGAACGGAAGUCUAUCUCAGCGACACUAUAUACAGCACACGAAUUAA